GCCCCUGGCAACCCCGACGGCGGCAUUUAAAGAGCCAACCGCGACACCCACCAGCAGGUUUCACAAAAUUCAGUUUGGCUCUCUUUUGGAAAUAUUCAAGAUUUUAAAACUCAAAUCAACAGUGUGAACUGGAAUUGUUGCAACUUUGUUUUGGAUUUCAUUAACAUUUGCUAUAUAAAAAAAUGGUUCGGCUUACAAUUGAUGUAAUUGCCAAAAAUAGUCUUCAUGUAAAGAACAGAAGAGCUGAACCACUGGGACAGUAUCUGAAAAAAUUGACUCAUCUGAAUUUUUCUGACAAGAACAUUGAUGAAAUUGAUGACCUCUCUGUAUGCAAGAACCUAUCUGUUUUGUAUUUAUAUGACAACAGCAUCAAAGAGAUUCGUAAUUUAGGCUGCAUCUCUAAUCUCACUCAUCUUUAUCUGCAGAAUAAUAAUAUAAGCCAUAUCGAAAAUCUUUCUUUAUUGGAAAAACUCACCAAAUUGUAUCUAGGUGGUAACCGCAUCUCUGUUGUCGAGGAGCUGGAUGGUUUAACAGAACUCAGGGAACUUCAUCUGGAGAAUCAACAACUUCCUCUUGGAGAAAAGCUCCUGUUUGAUCCUAGGACUCUCCAGAGUCUGUCGAAAUCGUUAAGUCUUUUGAAUGUCAAGAAAAAUAACAUUGAUGAGAUUAAACAAUUAUCUUGUCUUAAGAACCUGAAUCAGUUAAUGGCGGGAGAAAAUCAGAUUCAAGAUCUAAAGGAACUGGAAUAUACACUGAGCCAGUGGCAAAACCUCUGGUAUCUGGAUCUGACUGGAAACCCUGUAUGCCAGGAACCAAAAUACAGAGAUAAAGUAAUAGUGGUGUCUUCAAACCUUGAGGUUCUUGAUGAGAAGGAAGUAAAAGAUACAGCCAGACAAUUUCUACUGAACUGGAAAGCUUGCCGAGAUGCCAAGAAGAAAAGCCUAGAUGAAAAAAGUGACAAGGAUGAAUUCCAACAAAUGUUAAACUAUCCACAAGCAAUCCAGCACCAAAUGAGUAGAAAUUAUUCCUCACCCGGUAUUCGUAGAAUCAGGAGAGCGAUGGAUGUACAAGUUAAGAAACCCAGCCUUCCGAAUGUGGCAGAUAGCAAAAAAGAUAAUUUAUAUCCAGAACUGGAGUUAAAGGGCAUGGGUGAUGGCACUGAUGGGAUCAGAAAUUCCUUUAGAAAGACACCUGCCACCAUUCUGCAAAUCCAGGACGCCCCUCAUCCUUAGUUCCAACCUCGCUUGAUACUGUGAACUGUGUUACUGAGGACAAACAACGGGCCUAUUACCACCCUCCAGACACUCUACACUACUGGAAAAAGAUAACCAUAUUCCACUUUACUUCGAAAGCAUAUGAAUGUCAUUAUUUAUUCCUUGUGUUAUUUUGCAAACUUUUGGAAUACCCUUGAAGUAUUUGUUAUUCUUGAAAUAAAGAAGACAAUGACAUCUUAA